AUUUAUUGACAUUGCUGUAGGACAUCUACAAGCAUUUUACAAUUAGUAUUAGGAAGUCAGUUGACCAUUUACACUAUAUAUUAUAUGCAAUUAUAUUAAUUUAAACGUAAAGUGCAUCAUUGACAAAAUGUCCAUGGUUUGGAUAUUAGCUGAAUUGGUGGACGUUAGACAUCCGGAUACGUUAUUCCAUAAAAAAGUGAUGGUUCGGGUAUUUAGAAGGGGCCAUGACGAAACUACUUGGGUGCCUGGAAAAGUUGUAUACUUGUGUGACCAAGGGUUUGCUCCCCAAAAAGCAAGAAUUUUAUUUGUAUCCGGAAACAGAAGAGCAGUUUAUGAAAAGAAAGUGCUAUCGGGUAUGCAGGAGAGCUAUAUGGCGGAAAUUAUGUAUAGAUGUCAUCGUACUGUCUCAGAAUUGAGAAGCAAUAGUCAAACGUAUUGUUUGCAAGUAAACGACCCACCAAAUACUACUGGCGAAGCAUCACCGUUACCUAAUUUAGAGAUUGCGCGGCGUACAGGAUACACAAGUACUAGCGACAGCGAUUUUAGCGACAGUAGUGAUGAGCAAAGAAUAUCCUCCAACUUAAUCAUCGAUGAAAGGAUACGACAAUUAGCAAACAGAUUUUUGCCCCAACAAGUAGUCGGUAAUGGUUCUGGAGCUGCGCCUCAGCCGAUAGCAAACGGAGCUGGGGCCCAGCCGUUGGCGAAUGGAGCUGCGCCCCAGCCGUUGGCGAACGGAGCUGCGCCCCACCCAAUGGCGAACGGAGUUGCGCCUCAACCGAUGGCGAACGUACCUUUGCCCCACCCGAUGGCGAACGCAGCAGCGCCCCAACUGAUGGCGAACAGAGCUGCCCCCCACCCUAUUGCAAACGGAGCUGCGCUUCAACCGAUUUACAACAGAUAUGCCGCGCCCCAACCGAUGGCCAACAGAGCUGCGCGCCAACUGAUGUUUAACGGACAGGCUGCGCCUCAACCAAUAAUAUACAACAGACAUGCUGCGCCCCAGCCGAUGAUAUACAACAGACAAGCUGCGCCUCAAUUGAUAGGCAACAGACAUGCUGCACCUCAACCGAUGGUCAACAACGCUGCGCCACAACCGAUGGUCAACAACGCUGCGCCACAACCGAUAUUCAACAGAAAUCCUGCGCCCCAACAGAUAUUCAACAGACCUAAUGCGCCCCAACCAAUGGUCUACCAAGCUCCACCACACGUAAUGGACAAUGGAGCUGCGCGUCAACAACAUCUUCCGUUAUAUCCACCUCUAUUUUACGGCCUUGGUCCCCCACCGGUAGCUCCCCGUUUAGCCAUUCAACCGGUCCAACCGGUCGUCAACGGUCCUCCUCAACCACCGGCAGCUAAUGACCCUAUUUCCCCUCCGAUAGUUAACGAGCCAGCUCUUCCACCAGUGGUCAACGGCCCUGCUGCCCAACCAGUAGUUGAUGACCCUGUUCCCCCACAGGUAGUUGAUAACCCUGUUCCCCCACAGGUAGUUGAUAAUCCUGGUCCUCUACAAGUAGCUGCUGAUCCUGUUAAUGUUCCCCCACAGGUAGUUGAUAACCCUGUUCCCCCACAGGUAGUUGAUGACCAUGUUCCCCCUCAAGUAGUUGAUAACCCUGGUCCUCCACAGGUAGUUGCUGAUCCUGUUCCUGUUCCCCCACAGGUAGUUGCUGACCCUGUUCCUCCACAGGUAGUUGCUGUUAACGGUCCUGCUGGCCGACUAGAGGUUGAUGAUCAUCCCCCAAAUAUGGUUGAUGACAAUGUUCCCCCACAGGUAGUUAAUGACCCUGUUCCUCCACAGGCAGUUGUUGACCCUGUUCCCCCACCGGUAGUUGCUGUUCCUGGUCCCCAACAACGAGUCAACGGUCCUGCUGCCCGACUAGAGGUUGAAGAUCCUGUUCCCCCACCGGCAGAUCAUGACCUUGUUCCCCCAAAUGUGGUUGAUGACAAUGUUCCCCCACAGGUAGUUGAUAACCCUGUUCCCCUACUGGAAGUUAACGGCCUUGCUGCCCAACCAGAAGUUGCUGAUCCUGUUCCUCCACCGAUUGAUGAUAACCCUGCUGUUCAACCGGUGGUUAGUGGACCUGCUUCCCCACCGAUAGGUAACUGCCUUGCUUCUCCACCCGUAGAUAACGGCCCCCAACCGAUAGUUGACAACCCUGCUUCUCAACCAAUAGAUACAACCGGCGAUUCCCGAAAUAACAAAGCGGGUGACUACUGUACAGAAAAAUUCUGGAAACGACUAAGAAAAAUGCAAAAAAUAGCAAAAAUUAUUGAUACAGAAUUGAAAAAUUAUACGCAAGCAAAGGAUGAUCUGACUACGUCAUCUGAAGAAUUUGAUGAAGAGAUGAAUGCCCAAGAGAAUAUCGGUGGUAUUGAACGAAACCAGAGUAAUCCACAAGUAAACUUAAAUAAUGUACAUAGUGAAGAAGACGAUAAGAGUGUAGUAGAAAUAAUAGAAGCAGAAGUGGAAGGUAGAGAAGAAUACAACGAACAAAGAAGAAUAUUGAAACGAAAGGUUUCACUGUCUGGUCUAGUGGCAAACGGCUCGAGGUCGUACCUCAAGCGGCGCAGAAACUCACCUAAUAUUUCUUUUAGUAGUAUUCGUAAGAAGUGCCACAACCUGGUGGAAAUCGGGACAGGUGUUGCUAAAGUACCAGGAUGUAUAAUGACUUCGAUUGACUGGAGUUCACAUAGUUUAGCAACUCGUCAGUUAUUACUAUCAGUAUUUCCACGAAGUGUUCUAGCCCAGUAUUCGCUUCUUGGGACGCAGCCUUCAAUUUAUAAUAUGAAGAAAGAAACAAAGAGAGUUUUAAAUCCAAUGCUCGUUGAGGACAUUGUGAGAACAGUAGCGUCAAAAUGUAAUGUUCCCAAGGAUUUAGUGAGGUAA